GAAGGAGGCAUUUGAACCUCAGAACCUUCUUCUUUCUUGAAAACCAGAGCUAGCCAGGCUCCCGGCACACACCAUGGCUUGCUGCAUCACCCGCGGCUGCAGUGUCCCCUCUGGCCCCGCCACCACCAUCUGCUCCGCAGACAAGUCCUGCCGCUGCGGGGUCUGCCUGCCCAGCACCUGCCCACACACUGUCUGGCAACUGGAGCCCACCUGCUGCGACAACUGUCCCCCACCCUGCCACAUUCCCCAGCCCUGUGUGCCCACCUGCUUCCUGCUCAACUCCUGCCAGCCAACCCCGGGCCUGGAGACCAUCAACCUCACCACCUUCACCCAGCGCUGCUGCGACCCCUGCCUCCCCAGCGGCUGCUGACCCUGCCGGCUUCGUGUAGGGCCUGUCGUGGGAAGAACCAACCCUGGACCUCUAGCUUUCACCUGGCACCGCACCUGCAGCUGAUGUCCUCUGCCUUAGACGCUGGAACACGGAUGGCAGAAUCACUGACCUCACCCACUGCCUUUACCAGGAACGCAACAAGACACUUCCCGUCACCACGCAGUCAAACCACGGUUUGACCAGGUGGAUGUCCAGGGGCUUCCCAAGGCUGCUUGAUUCUUUCAUGCUAAAGUGCUUCUUGCUUUGGGUGCUUGGGAAUUCUGUUUCCAGUCUUGGGUGGAAUCUUUCCCCAAAUUGAGGAGCUUCCUCAUGACCGUCCUAAUAAACUGUGUAUCUCCAGCAUAGCACAAA